UUUAAAAUAUGUUAAAAUGUUCGUUGCCCCAGAAUUAUAAUACACAUAUUUUGCUGAGAUAAACAAUAAAACGAGUUGAUACAACUCGAAAAGAUCAUUUAACUACUAUUUCGCAUUUCAGUGAGUUGUAAAUAGUGUAAACUGUACAAAGAAUCGAAACAAUACAAAUCGUGAUAUCUUUUUUCUAUACAUACAUACGUAUGUAAGAUAAAACUGUACUGAAAAAAAAAAUGAAGUAUCUUGUAUCUUUGUUUUAUCUCGAAAGAUAAACGUCAAAUGUCCGGGUGUUUGUCGUUGUUGUUCAGUGUGGAAAUUGUACUGUGGUGGAAUAGAACAGCGCCGCCAGUGAGACAAUCAAAAACCUAGGAAGAUAGAGAAAGCGCCGUUAUUUGCGUACUAUACUCUUCGACGGUCACAGGUCAUGGAACAGAAUCAUCGUCGUAGCCGCAGUACAAAUCCCAUCCCAGCAUGAUAAGCAAUCUAAUAAUUCGAAGGCGUAGAGCUGCAUCGGCUAUGUUUGCAUUAAAACGUUCUUCUAUUUUGUUACACGAAGAAGCGUCAUUAACGCGAUGUAUAUGUGCAACAUCAUCGUCCGUCGUACUAGAUCUGCAAGACAUACCAACGGCGAAGGGAGUGCCUUUCUUCGGCACCGUAUUCGCCAUGUUGGCGAAGGGUGGUGCCGAAAAGUUACACGAAUACGUCGAUUUUCGACAUAAACAAUUGGGACCGAUAUUUCGCGAGAAAGUCGGUCCAGUAACUUCUGUUUUUUUAUGCGACCCCAAGGACAUGAGGGCGGUUUUUUCAUCAGAAGGAAAGUACCCGGUUCAUCUACUCCCGGAAGCCUGGACCUUCUACAACGAGACGUUUAAUGUGGAACGCGGCAUCUUCUUCAUGGACGGCGAGGAAUGGCUUCAGAACAGAAAGAUUUUGAACAAACUUCUCCUUAAAGGAAAUUUAGAUUGGAUAGGAAGUGCUUGCGACGAAGUUUGUGAGGAUCUAGUGAAUCGAUGGAGUGUAAUGGCGGACAACGGUCAAAUAAUACCUGACUUGGAAACUCAACUUUAUCGUUGGUCGAUUGAUGUGAUGUUAUCGGUAAUUUUAGGGGCCAAGGAGUACAAUAGUGUAAAAAAUGAUCUGAAUGAUAUUGUAAAUGAUCUUGCCGCGAAUAUUUAUCUAAUUUUUAAGACGAGUGCAAAGUUACAAUUGGUUUCCGCGCGUUUCGCAUCUAAACUGGGACUUUCGUCGUGGCGAAACUUUGCGAAAGCCAUGGAUAGAUCGUUGCAACUGACGAAUACUUUGAUGACCAGAUUGAUCGAUAACGAUCGCAAUUCUGAUGGACUGUUGUCAAGACUGAAAAAUGAAAAUGUAAACAGGACCGAUAUAUUGAGGAUCCUCGCAGAUUUUAUCAUUGCUGCCGGUGAUACGACAGCUUACACCAUGGAAUGGUUGCUGUAUGUCGUUGGGUCGGAUAAAGCGGUCCAGAAAAAAGUGCGAUCUCUUCAGAGCACUGAGGAGGCAUCAUCUUACCUCCGAUCAGUGGUGAAGGAAAGUCUACGAUUAUAUCCGGUUGCGCCGUUUAUAACGAGGAUAUUGACCCAGGGAGUUACUGUUAAAGGAUUUAACAUUCCAGCGGGAACUCUGGUGGUGUUCUCGAUUUAUACGAGUGGUAGAGACCCACAUGUUUUCGAAAAUCCUCAACUUUUCAUUCCGGAACGGUGGUCCAGAGAUAGUAAUAAUAAUAAUAAUCUAGUUUCAAUGCAACAAUCGACUUUACCGUUUGGAUUCGGAAGCAGAUCUUGCAUCGGUAAAAAAGUCGCCGAGAUGCAAUUGCAAAAAACAAUCGGCAAAAUUGUUCAUAGUUUCGAUAUGGAUGUUGUCAACAAAGAUGAAAUACAAAUGAUAUUGAAAAUGGUAGCAGUUCCUUCUAACCAUUUAAGACUGAGACUGAUUCGCUUAUAAACAUGAUAGUUACUUAUAAGAUAAGUGAUAAGAAGUAUAAUCGGGCGUGUGAAUAUUAUUAGCUGCAGAAGAUAAUUUGUUUUGAAAAAUAGUUGUUUGUUUNAAGAUGCUAAUAC